UUUUUAUUUUUUUUUUAGAAGUGCCGAAGCGACUCCUUCUGUAAAUCUGAAGCUUGGCAAAAAGCUUUCAUUAUAUUUAUUUCUUACGUGUAACACAAUAAUAAAGUACUGUACUUAUAGCCAGGUGAUGGCUGGAAGUCGACUUGAGAAGUUUGGCACGAUUUUCUCGCGCAUGACGGACCUGGUCCGCGCAGGCGUGCUGAAGGAGGCCGAGAAGCCCGUGUGGUACGACGUGUACGCCGCGUUCCACCCGAAGAAGGAGCCGCUGUACGUGAAGCCCCUGGUGAAGAGAUACGGGAAGGUGACGAUGCAAGUGCCCGACAUAUUCUACAAAGAAGAUGUCAUUAGAGCAAAAUUUUACGCAGUCUACACUACUGGACCAAGGGCCUUCGACCUAUUCAAAUCCAACUUUGUCUCCACUUCCCAAAGGUUUGUGGAGAAGUACAACGAGCUGGAGAAGCAGGGAGACGUGCCAGAGGAGGCUCUCUUUGAGGAGACGGGGAGGGCGCUUCUGGCCGAAGGUGUCGUGCUGCGGAGGAGAGGCACCCCUGGGGUGGCGUCAGAGAGUCGGGACCCUGUACUUGGAAUGAAGCUAACGGACAUGCUGUCAGAGCAGCAGACAGACACACCCAGCAAGGCAGAGACAGAGGGGGAGCAGGUACAGGACGGCACCACAGAAACUCUGUAAUGAGACAUUGUUCUGCGGCAAAGCCUCCCACACAGUUUCUACUUUUCACUGAGGGGACAGAGGUGGUUAGAAAAAUUGACAUGACUAUUAGAAAGGCUCCUGUUGCCCCUCCCAUCCACCUGUCUCUCAGUUCAUCCUAUCCCCUGAUGUGCACGUGGAGCAACAUCUGUUCCGUGUCCCAAGUGUCUGCAGUGUACAGGACUGUGCAGGCCUUCUGGAACUUCAUGUGUCGACGGUUGUCACUCUGGUAGUUUAAUGGACGACUCCCUCGGGUUCACCAUGUCAGACCUUGAGAUGAGUGGUUUGAAGGAAGGACAAUGCCUUGAGCACGUACCCUUGUGUACAGUUUCUCUCCUGCAUCACUGUCCUGCCUUUCUGUCGACCUCACAGAGGAAUGUCUCUCUGCAACAACUUCAAGACUUUUUUCCAGAACAAAUCUUCUGGUGUUUCUUUAAUUGUGAAUGUAUAUGAACAAAGGAACACAGCAUGUACAAGGUGUGUGAUGGUUCUCGUUGGGUGAAAAGAUGUGGUGGCCAUGGGCAUGAUUGCUACAUCAGUAAAGCAAGAAUUUGGUUGUUUUUGUGAUCCUCCACUUUAGUCCUUCUACCCCUUGCCACUUUGAUGUAAAACUCUCAGUUCAGUAAAGCAGUCUGUUUAACAGGCAUUAGUGUAGCUUUGAGCAAUUGCAGUGAGCAGAAGACUGAUGCUGCAGUACUUCAGAGAAAUGAUACUGGUGGCAACAAGGUAAGUGUAACAGUAUUUCCACAGCAAUACAAUAAUACACUACAGUAGCAUUUAGCGAUCUUCAGCAGGUCUUGCAAACACUUUUUAUAUUCACAUUGAAUAGCUUGUAAUAAACAUUUGAGGUUAUUGUUAUAAUGCAGGGCAAAGUGUUUCUACCUGAAAUGUAGAUGUAUACCUUUCAUCAGUAUAUGUGUUCAUUGAACACACAUACUCUAGGAGGGAGGUAAAACUACUGCAUGGCUUGAAAGGCCAUCAUGCAGAUGGAUAGCUGAUAAACAAGAGGGUGACCAGGUCAAAUCCUGA